CCAGGCUUGCGUUUGACCUGAGCCCUUGGAGGCGCUGGAGCUGAGCUCCCGAGGAGCGGGGCUGCAGGCAGGGGCUGUGUUCAGAGCUCCGGGCCGGGCCCCAGGCUGUGCGCCGCAGGCAGAGGGCUGCGGCCCAGCCCGGCUCCGAAGCGGUGGUUCGAGCGCUGCCCGUCCUGUGCGGAGGGGAACAGUCCCCAAGUCUGUUGUCUCGGCUCCCCGGCUGUUUGCAGGGCCCCAGACUAAGGCUCCUUUCAUGCCUCACAGUGCCGCCCGCUUGCCCUGCGCGGCCCCCCCGCCUUCUACCUGUAACACUGGCGUCCCUGUUCCUUCCCAGCCUCGGUGGGGAGGGCAGCCCCUGCUGCACUGAGUCAGCUGUCGGGGCCUUGGAAUUGCUAGCGCAGGCAUAGAGAGAGCCAUUGUCCCUCAUAGCCUCCUCUUCACAGUCGCUGUGGGAGAGCAGAGCUGGUUCUCCUCCCAUGGCCACGCCGAGGGGGCCGGCGGGGUAGCAGCAGGCACAGUCGUGCUGAGCAGAGCUGGCUGGCUUUCAGUCGCUGUGAGGCUGAAGGGAGUCGUGGCCCGUGAGUGCAGCAACCGACCCUGCCGUCUGUGUCUGACUUCUGCAAAAGCAAAUGGCGUUUCUGCACCCUCUGCCCAACAAGAGGGCUGCUGUGAUCAACCAGGGUUACUUAACACAGGCAAACCCAGCAGCAUGUGGGCACCUUCAGCCCCAGGUGCCUGCACCGAACCCUGUUGUUGCAUCCUGCAGUGGUGCGCCUGCAGCAGGAGAUGACAGGGGUGGAGGUGUCAAUCUGCCUUUUCUGCGGGGGAGAGCAGGGGGAGGAAUUGGAAGCAGGCCCAGAAACCCACCCUCAGCUGUGGGUGGGUUUCUUCUCCCCAGGCUGGGAAUUUCUGGGUCCUUAAGUCAGAGAAGGGAGAUUUCAGGGUGAAACACAGCCUCGGCUUAGGUCAGGUUGUUGGGCUCUGGGAGCUGGCCACAGCCACUGAGGAUAAGAAAAGCCUCUGAGGCCUUUCCCGAGGGGACAGGGGGUUCAUGGGGAGGGCUUGUGCAUGAAGUGACAGGGGACUUUCUUGCCUUUAAAGCUCUGAGUUUCUAAGUCUGUGAGUUUCAUGUGAGGGCUACCAGAGGUCACAGCAAUGUUGUACUGGAGCCAGGCACACCCCUAAUCAGGGCCUAAAUUCCUUUGACUCGCUUGUUGUUGGGGGACAGGGGAUUAACAUCUCUGGCCCUUUUCUGUCACAGGAGCUCAGUUUCUUCUGGUGCAUGUUUAUGUAGCCAGCCCCACAGCACCCUCACCUCGCCCCCAAGGUGGUCCAGAGGCUUUCUCUACUGGGAAAAUUGGGGCAGGGAUGGAGCAUGGACCAAGGAAACAUUCUACCCUGAUGCAGGAAGCAGUGGUUUACUGUCGGAGGGGGGGAUGCACAUGUGGCCUUGGGUGUAGGAAGUUCUUGCCUGCUUGCUCAUUCUGGUGUGUACCUGGUGCUCUUGUUCUUUGUGUGACCCACAGGUUUGCCUCUGUGAGGAAGGGGACAGCAGAGGGAAAAGCUCCUUCAGGGAGUUUUAAAGCUGUUUUAAAGCUGGCUAGGUCACCACCUAGGGCUGUCGCUGAAGAGUAUCAGCUAUACCUUAUCAGAUAGCCCUGGUAAAAUCCCAACCAGGCAGCUGGCAGGGAAGUUCCUUCCCAGCCUGCUCUCUGGCUGUGUCUUGCCGAGUGGGUGACCCUGGUAGUUUCCUCUGGGCUGUGGGGAAUGCCUUGGCACACUCCCUGCCAGCGCUGCAGUGGGGCAGGCUGACAGCCUGAGCCUCCCUGCUCUCCUCCGCUCACCUGCGCAGCCGGAGGGGAAAGCUCUGAGCUGUUUGCUCUCAGAGGAAGGCUGCUCAGGCCACAGGCUUGAAACAUGAGCUGCUAGGUAGGAGUCACUUUUUCCAUUCAGUGACCUUUUCUUUUUUUCCAGCCCGGAGCUGUGCUAAACUUUAACCUAAAACGGUGAGGUGCAAGGUGCUUCUUGCAUGCAGAGUAAGGGCGUUGUCAGAAUCUGAUGGUUACAACAGUGUUCAAACAAUCUCUCUGGUGCUGGAAGCCGAAGUUUCCAAGUCCACGUGUUCCUAAGCCAGAGUAAACACCCUUAACAGAAGCACUUAUAAAUGUCUGGCAUAUGCUUUUCAACUCCAGAGGGCUUUUUCUACUCCGUGUGCUGCCUUCAUCAGUGCUCUUGCCAGGAUUUCGCCUUCCCCUCGUGCUGGCUGCCCUCCCUACGAUGGCUACUGGUGAAGAGGUCGUCCCUGCCCUGCAGGACUCAUGGGGCGACUUCUGGCUCUUCCGUUUCUUUGUUAAUGCUGCUGGCUACGCGAGUAUCGUGGUGCCAGGAUUCCUCCUCAUCCAGUACUUCAAGAGAAGGAAUUACCUGGAGACAGGUCGAGGCAUUUGCUUCCCUGUCAUCAAAUCAUGCGUGUUCGGCUCUGAGGUGAAGUCUGUGCACCAGGAGGAUGGCUCCCUGCCACCCCGAGCGGAGCCCCCAGAGUCCUCUACAGCCCGACAGGUCUUCAAGCUGCUCUUCUGCGCUGCUGGUCUCCAGGCCUCUUACCUCACGUGGGGCGUCCUCCAGGAGCGGGUGAUGACGAGAACGUAUGGCGCCACUGAAACGGAACCUGGUGAGAAGUUCAAGGACUCUCAGUUCCUCGUGUUCAUGAACCGCAUCCUGGCCUUCACGGUGGCUGGUCUGUACUGCGCCCUCACCAAGCAGCCGCGCCACGGGGCUCCAAUGUACAAAUACUCCUUUGCCUCCCUCUCCAACAUCCUCAGCAGCUGGUGCCAGUAUGAGGCACUCAAAUACAUCAGCUUCCCCACCCAAGUGCUGGCCAAGGCCUCCAAAGUGAUCCCAGUGAUGAUGAUGGGCAAACUGGUGUCACGCAAGAGUUACGAGUACUGGGAGUACCUGACUGCUGCCCUCAUCUCGGUGGGGGUCAGCAUGUUCCUGCUCUCCAGUGCUCCCAACAGACACGUGUCCACUGUCACCACUUUCUCAGGUGUAAUCCUCCUGGCUGGCUACAUAAUCUUUGACAGCUUCACCUCUAACUGGCAGGACGCCCUCUUUGCCUACAAGAUGUCUCCUGUGCAGAUGAUGUUUGGUGUCAACGUCUUCUCCUGCCUCUUCACGGUGGGCUCACUCCUGGAGCAGGGUGCCUUGCUGGAGUCAGUUCGCUUCAUGUCCCGGCACUCGGAGUUCACGGCCCACGCCGUGCUGCUCUCCGUGUGCUCUGCCUGCGGCCAGCUCUUCAUCUUCUACACCAUCAACCAAUUCGGGGCAGCCGUCUUCACCAUCAUCAUGACACUGCGCCAGGCCUUUGCCAUCCUCCUCUCCUGCCUCAUCUACGGGCACACUGUCACUGUGGUGGGUGGGCUGGGCGUAGCUGUUGUCUUCAUGGCCCUCUUCCUCCGUGUCUAUGCCCGCAGCCGCAUGAAGAAGCGCAGUAAGAAGCUCCCACCAGGCGAGACCCCUGUGCAAAAGGUCUAAGGAGCUGGGGCCAUGGUGUUGAAGCAGUGCCUGCUGUCCUGCCUCCACCUGGGGGUACUUGCUUGAUUUCUGAGAACCCACUGAGGAGCAGCGUCGGGUAUGGAUGGAUAGGUUGGACCAGUGACUCACUUUUCCACCUGCUUUUCUUGGGAAAGGGGCUGGAACAAGCCCAGGGAAUGCUUUGGGCUGCCACAGCUCCAAACCUUUCCGUUUGCCUUAAUAGGUCAAAGACUUUCAGGCAAGGCAUGGGCCUGGGGGCUCACAUCCUGGGGGGAAACCAGCAUGAGGCUGCUGGUACUCCUGCCCCACCUCUGUCUUGUGGCUUCUCCAAAGUCACUGAUGAACAAGGGAGCUCUUUUCCCUGGCACCACCUUGCCUCUGGCUAAUGCACCUCCAUUUCUGUCACUGCUACAGAGCUCAACUGGAGGGAAGGGCAAGCAGAACACUAGCUUUCUUUUUGAAUCAACUCCAUGUGAGUCAAGUCCCAGCCUGACCUGUCCCAAGGCAGGUGAGGUGCUCCAGGUAGGACAGGCACAGUUAAGGGAAGGACUCCCAGCCUGUCCUACCCCAGGCCUGGGCUCUGCUCUGGGAGAGCACUCUGCAGUGCAGGCCGGUACCUCCACGGCUGGUUUUCUCAGUUCCUUACCCCUGCUCCGAGCCACUUUUCUCCGCACCCCUUCACCCAGGUUUUUCUGCAGAGCCCAGGCUGGCCGGUACGGUUCUCCAGGCUUGCUGAGUUGUUCUAGUUUGCUUUUUGGUUACAUCCGCUGCUGUCACAGGCCAAAGGCUGCGCUGCCCAGAAGCCCCAGCAUCACCUCGGGGUGCCUCAGUGCCACAGGUUCUGGGCUUUGCAGUUGCCAUUCAAAGAAGCACAAACAGCCCCUCUUCUUCCUGCCAACCGGAGGCACCAGGCCCAGCUUUCCUGAGGCCUGGCCAGAGCCCCGCUGUGCCUGGGGGGCUGAGCAGUGGGGCAGAACUUGCUUGCGGUGCCUUGUUCCUGCUCCACAGGCAGCAGGGGAUGAGUGAGUGGGCACCUGCUCCCCAGGCAGCAGGGGAUGGAGCAGUGGAAGCUGCUCUUCCCCAGGAGCCUGGGUUUUACUGGUUAACCCUUUUCUCCUCAACACAACCUGACUGCCAUGCCAGCAGGUUUUGGUACUUUUGAAAGGCAACUUUUUUCUCUUUUUAUUUUAUUAAAUUAAAAAUAUGCUGCAUAUAGUG